AAGGGCAUAUUAUGAUAUAUUUUCCAUACGAUAUUAUUGUGUUUUUGUAUUGAAUCGUUUGUAUCGUUGUAUCGUUUGUAUUGAAUCGUGCUACAUCUGUCACUUUCCUUCUUGAUUUCUUUACAUGCCAUUAAGAUCCGUGCAGGUAGUAUAGUAAAGUGUGAAUCUCUUGUCUUUAAUUAAAACCAUGGUACCUAAAACUAGCAUCAGAUUAAGUGAUCAACAGUUGAUAAGCUUACCGAUGAUCGGACUUGGUACGUACUCAAUAACGGGUGCAGAUGGAAAGGAAGCCAUCAAGACAGCCAUCGAUUUGGGUUACCGAAUGUUCGAUACGGCAGUAGCGUAUGGUAAUGAAGCUAUCGUUGGCGAAGCUAUACGAGAUAAAGUACGCGAAUGCGAAAACUUGACACGUGAAGAUUUUUUCGUCAUCUCCAAAUUGUGCGGCUCGUAUCACCGGCCGGAUCUAGUUGAAAAGUGCUGCAACAUGUCCUUGGAACGUAUUGGUUUGGAUUACAUCGAUCUUUACUUGAUGCACACACCUGUUGCACUGAAGUAUGAUGAGAAAAUAUGGACUGAUGGAAAAAUGCUGAGUCCAGUGGACGAUAGUAUCAGGCCAAUAGACGCGUGGCUUGGGUUGGAAAAAUGCUAUCAGGAAGGAAUUUGUCGCUCAAUAGGGGUCUCUAACUUCAACGAACAUCAGCUCAACGCUCUCAUAUUGGAGGGAUCUAUUGUGCCAGCAGUGAAUCAGAUUGAAUGUUCGGUCGGCUUCAACCAAAAACAGUUGCAGCAAUUUUGCCUAGAGCAACAAAUUCUUGUCAUGGGAUACGCCCCAUUGGGAAAGCAAAAGCUACCCUUCCUAACAAGUGAAUGUAUUAAACAAAUUGCUUUGUCCGUGGGUAAAACUCCUGCCCAAGUCAGUUUGAGAUAUCUGAUUGAUGGCGGCGUUGUACCGAUAGUAAAAUCUAAAAAUUAUACCCGGCAGCAGGAGAACAUGGAUAUAUUCGAUUUCAAGCUCGCUCGCCAACAAAAUGAAGCAUUGGAUGCCAUAACAGGGAAUCAACGAGCUUGCAAGAUGCAUCGUUUAGCAGGAGCUAAACAUUUUCCCUUUUCCAACGGUGCUUAGUAUAGCGCAUUUGCGAUUACAAACAUUCCACAUCGGCAGAUGAUUUUAAUGUCCAUCUUAAAGUGUUCUUGUUCUACGAUAGACUAAAGAAAUAAAGUUAGUUAUGAGAAAA